AGUCCUCUCUGUGAACAACACGUUGUUGAAUAACUCCUCCUUUCGUAAGCACUGUUGAACUUGGAUGAACAUUGGACAUGCUUGUGAAAACUACAUAUAUUGACCUAUAGAUUUCAGGUCUGGAAACAAGUUUUUCGCGUUUGUGUGGAAAUAACCGGAUGCGCUCGUUUCUCUCUCACAUCAUACAUUUGGCGAAGAGUUUAAUGGAGAUCUGGUCGGAUGUCAGCUGGAACUGUUGUUAUAACCGGGGGAAUUCUUGCAACGGUGAUUCUCCUCUGUAUCAUUGUAAUACUCUGUUACUGUCGACUUCAGUAUUACUGCUGUAAGAAGAAUGGAUCAUCAUCAGACAGAGCUGCUGUUUGUCCUCAACCUCAGUUUGCCUGCAAUGCAUGCAGCACGCUCAGGAUGGACAGGAGCAGGGCGACCCCCGUCUCACUGUCACCUGAACCCACGCCGCCACCGAGUUUUUGCCCUAUCUGUUCUCCCUACAGCUCCCCCUUCUAUAUCCGCACCAUGGACGAAAUGUAUAACGGUGGGGAACGGAUCACAUACAUGCCUGCCCACUACGACACUCCUUCCGUUUCUCUCACACUUCCCUCUAUACACAAUUCAUCGAUGAGCCCACGAACCCGACCGGAAAUCUGCUUCAACACGUGUGCUAUCAGUACGGAUGUCUGAUAAGUAACAUUGACUGUAAUGAGGCCUAAUGCCUCAGAUCUGAGCAUCACAAUGAGGGCUGUACGGACUUUAACACUUUUAAGUAGACCAAAAUCAAAAUAUUUAGACUCU